AUACAUAUAUAUUUAUUUACACGUAUACAUAAUGUGCUAGAUUAAAAAUGAAAAAUGGAAAAGAAAAGUAGCUACAAAACGGUGUUACUAGGCGAAUCGUCAGUGGGCAAAUCGAGCAUAGUUUUGCGUUUGACGAAGGAUACCUUUCACGACAACACGAACACAACGAUAGGUGCCUCCUUCUGCACAUAUGUGGUCAACAUGAACGAGCUGAAGAUGAAAAGCUCCAACAGUGGCAUCAACAGCAACAGCAGCACCACCACCAAUAUUAACAUCAGCAGCAACCUUAGCAGCAACAGUAAUGAUAAUUUCUCUUUUAAUAAAGAACACCUCAAAAAUAAUGAAGGCCCAUGUAAUAUAAAAUUUGAUAUAUGGGACACCGCGGGACAGGAAAGGUAUGCAAGUAUCGUCCCCCUAUACUAUCGAGGCGCCACGUGUGCCAUAGUCGUUUUCGACAUUAGUAAUUCAAGUAGCCUAGAUAGAGCCAAAACGUGGGUAAAUCAAUUAAAAAUCAGUAGCAAUUAUAUAAUAAUUUUGGUUGCGAACAAAAUAGAUAAAAAUAAAUUUCAGGUAGAUAUGCUAGAUGUGCAGAAGUAUGCCCAGGAAAACAAUCUGCUCUUUAUUCAAACAAGCGCCAAGACAGGUGCGAACAUAAAAAAUAUUUUUUACAUGCUUGCUGAGGAAAUAUAUAAAAAUAUUAUAAGUAAUAAAAGCAACGUAGAUAGCAAAGCCGCCAGUAGUAAUCUGAUAAACCUAGAUAGUGAAAAGCAUCCCAGGAAAAACUGCUGCUAG